GAAGGGUAUGAGGCGGUCCGCCUCGCACCUACCGUAGCGGCGCGGCCGCCUCCGCCAUGAAGCGGAAGAGCUUGGCAGAGGUCCGGCGCCGCGCGGCCCCGGCGCCGCCGGAUCUGAAGAGAACUCGGGGCGCGGCGUCGCGAGUGGCGGGCGGCGAGGCGGCCAGGCGGCAGGCGCCCCCAGCCGUCACGGAGAUCUGCCUGAGGAUCGCCGAUCGCCUUUAUUUUGCAAUUCUCUGCCAAAAACCAAAGAGUGGAGCUGCAGAUACCCAUUAUUUCUGCAUAGAUGAUGAACUUGUGUAUGAGAACUUCUAUGCAGACUUUGGACCACUCAAUCUGGCCAUGGUCUACAGAUACUGCUGCAAACUAAAUAAGAAAUUAAAGUCAUUUUCAUUGAUAAGGAAGAAAAUAGUUCAUUAUACUGGCUUUGAUCAGAAAAAGCAAGCAAAUGCUGCAUUCCUCAUAGGCUCCUAUACAAUUAUAUACCUGAGGGAAUCUCCAGAAGAUGUAUACAGGCUUUUAGUGGCUGGAAGUGUUUCAUAUCUUCCUUUCAGGGAUGCUUCGUUUGGUACUUGCAGCUUUCAUCUGACAUUGCUCGACUGCUUUCAUGCAAUAAACAAGGCUCUGCAAUUUGGAUUCCUGGAUUUCAACACAUUUGAUGUAAAUGAAUAUGAGCAUUAUGAAAGAGCAGAAAAUGGAGAUUUUAACUGGAUAAUACCAAACAAAUUCAUUGCCUUCAGUGGACCUCAUUCAAGAAGUAAAAUUGAAAAUGGGUAUCCCCACCAUGCUCCAGAGGCUUAUUUCCCAUACUUCAGGAAACAUAAGGUCACAACUAUAAUACGCCUUAACAGAAAACUGUAUGAUGCCAAACGAUUUACAGAUGCUGGAUUUGAGCAUUUUGACCUCUUCUUUGCUGAUGGAAGCACACCUAGUGAUACUAUAGUUAAAUCAUUUCUAAAUAUUUGUGACAAUGCAGAAGGAGUAAUAGCUGUUCAUUGCAAAGCUGGUCUUGGACGAACUGGGACACUUAUUGCCUGUUACAUUAUGAAGCAUUAUCGGAUGACAGCUGCUGAAGCUAUUGGCUGGAUUAGAAUAAAUAGACCUGGUUCAGUGAUUGGACCACAACAGCACUUCCUGGUGGACAAACAGUCAGAACUUUGGACAGAAGGGGAUAUUUACCGUGCAAAGUUGAAAGGAAACCAUAACAUUGUUGUCACAAGAAUCCUGUCAGGAGUAGACGAUAUUUCAAUUAAUAACAGGAGAAACAGGAGAACCAUCCAAAAGGACAUUGAUCUGUACAGUGAUGAAGAUGAAACAAACUGUUUAACACAAGGUGACAAGCUUCGUGCUCUGAAAAGUAGAAGGCAAUCAAAAGUUCCAACGUCUACACUAACAUGGCUCCUAGCUAUGCUGGUGUCUGCCCUGUGUAGCAUUGUGAUCUGGUGGAUUGUUAUGUGGCUUCUUCUGCACAGCCUGCUAUUCUAUCUAGAUGGUUUAAGAACAUAGUAACCAUCAGGACCCCCUGAGAGAGAGC